ACUAAAUUAGUCAUUUUUCCUUUUUUAUUUUUGGGGAAUGGCUAUUGGCAAUUUGUGAACUCAAUGCAGAGAACAGGAAAAGCAUACCGGUACGCAGGUUCGCAGAGAGAACAGAGUGAGCACCGAAAAUCUUCGUCCCUCAAACCUUUAAAUGCUGCGUCACGCCCGAAAUCUCCUCAGAAAAACCUUAUACUCAACAACCGCAAGCGCAGCCUCCUCUCCCAAUUUCCCCAAACACUCUUUGCUUUACGAAAUCUCCUCACAAAGACAGCAGCAAAGUUGGUGUCGUCGAUAUGUUUCCGGCUCGGCCUCGAGCCCGAGCCUGUCGAUAUGGAGAAGAAAGAAGGAGAUGGGCAAGGAGGGUCUCAUCGUGGCCAAGGAGCUCAAGAGGCUCCAGUCCCACCCGGUCCGCCUCGACCGGUUCAUCCGCUCCCACGUGUCCCGCUUGCUCAAGUCCGAUCUUGUCGCCGUUCUCGCUGAGUUCCAGAGACAAGAACAGGUCUUCCUCUGCAUGAAGUUAUAUGAUGUGGUGCGCAAAGAAAUUUGGUACCGGCCAGACAUGUUCUUUUACAGGGACAUGCUUAUGAUGCUUGCUAGAAACAAAAAGGUUGAUGAAGUAAAGCAGGUUUGGGAAGACCUGAAGAGAGAGGAAGUUCUGUUUGAUCAGCAUACAUUCGGAGAUCUUAUCAGAGCCUUUUUAGAUAGUGGAUUGCCCUCGGAUGCAAUGGACAUAUAUGAUGAAAUGCGACAAUCUCCUGAUCCUCCAAUCUCUUUGCCAAUGGAAUCAGUUUCAGUGACUAGGUAG